AUGUCUCCGCUGUGCGCCCGUUCCACCUGCUCCUCACACGUUCCCGUCUUCUCUUCACCUGCGUCGGAGGAGAGGCUGAUGAACAGAAACAGCCUCCUCGUGCUCUCUGCGCUCCUCUGCACGCGCUCUGCAAAGAUCCACGCAGCCUGGUCUAUAGAGCUCAGAGGGGAGGGAUGCAGGGAGAGAGAGAGAGGAGAAACGGACUCCGCCGCUAACUGUCAGAGCUCCGUCUGCAAGCGCACCACCAUCCCCGGGGUGAUCUGGCUCAGGCAAGACGACCCUCCAUACAUUCCCUCAGCUAGGCUUUUUUAUGACUGA